CCGCGCUUUUUGGUAUUCUCGACUUCAAUUGUUCUGCAAGCUGGAUCAGUCGUUUUAAAGUUCGACAUAACAUUGUGGCGGGAAAAAUUGUCGGUGAAUCUUCGUCUGUUGAUCAAAAUUCAACAAAAAACUGGUUGAUAUCUGUGUGGCCAAAUUUACGAAGAAAAUUUUCUGAUGGUGAGAUAUUUAAUGCUGAUGAAACUGGACUUUUUUACAAAUUAAUGCCGGAUAAAACUUUAAAAUUUAAAGGUGACAAUUGUAGUGGAGGUAAGUUGUCGAAAGAUAGAAUAACUGUCAUGGUAGCAGCUAAUAUGAGUGGCACAGAGAAAAAGAAAUUGCUCAUUAUUGGAAAGUCACAAAAACCAAGAUGUUUUAAAAGUGUCAAAUCAUUACCUGUCGAUUAUGCUAACAAUCGUAAAGCUUGGAUGACGUCAGAACUUUUUGAAAAGUGGCUUCGUGAUUGGGAUCGUGAUUUGGUGAAGAAGAAGAAAAAGAUUCUAUUGCUGGUUGAUAAUUGCCCGGCCCAUCCAAAUGUUACUAAUUUAAAGUCUAUAACACUUGCUUUCCUUCCGCCGAAUACAACAUCAGUACUACAGCCAAUGGAUCAGGGAAUAAUACGAUCACUCAAAACGAAUUUCAGGAAGAACCUUGUGCUCAAAAUGAUUAAUUGUCUUGAUGCUAAUGAAGACAACUCUUCUACAAAAAUAACGGUGCUAGAUGCAAUUCUGAUGGUUAAUGAUGCCUGGAAUAAAAUGUCACAAAGUACCAUUCAUAACUGUUUCAAACAUGCAGGAUUCAUUGAAAACCACGACGGUUUACCUAUUCAAAUAUCAGACCAUGAAUUCGAUGAAGGAGAUGACAUUCCUUUAUCUUUGUGGUCACGAAACCUACAUUCAGAUUCUUUAGCAGCACCGGAAAUGUGGGAAGAUUAUGUUGACAUCGAUAGUGCUCUCCUCACAUCCGAAGAACCCACCGAUGAAAAUAUCGUACAGAACAUUUGUGCUAAGGAACAACUCGAAAGUGAUGGGGAAGAAGAAGUCGAGGAAGAACCAUUACCUACCGCAGAAGAGGCAUUAAAAGCUGCAGAAUUAUUAUCCCGAUUUGUUCACAGCAAUAUUGAAAAUGAUAAUUUGGCCAUAGCUAUGUCUUCUAUACACAAUAGCAUUAGAGAUUGUUUAUACAAUAAAAUGAAAAAACAAAAGCAGACAAAAAUUACAGAUUACUUACGAUAA